UCGAGUAGUAGGCUCUCGCUGGCACGAAUUGGCUUUAGUUGUUGGUCUCGGUUGACAGUAGUCGGAAGGUGAUAUGGUGAAUGGCUGAAUAAUUCGUUCUCUUAUUAAGCCUUCUAACCAAGAACAUGUGAUGACAACUCGCCCAUCAGUGCUCGUCCAAUUAUUCCGAAUUCCAUGAUCAGAUUAUCUUGGGACUGAGGCGAAAAUCAAUUUUCAUGAUCCAGUGAAAGUGAUAAGUUUCAGAGACACGCAUUCCAAAUUUAACCAUGAUGGGAUCAUUCAGUCGGAUGCAAUGGGUGAUAUUGCUUCUGACUUUGAUUGUUUCUGCCAUUGAGGGUUUCAACUUGGGAACAAUUUUUGGGACCAAAUUCACUCGCUCGCGCAAGCACUACCCAAUCGACCCCGAGAAACCAGUCGCCGAUCGGUAUUUGUAUUCCAAGCGAUACGGACAUUACGGCAAAGAUCUGAUUCAUCAGCUAAGUUUUGGCCAUCACUACGCUUCGACAGAUGUCAUCCCUACUGGCCAUCAACGUAAACCUCUGCCCGUGAUUGUUCCGUACGGAUUUCCAGUCAUCGCUCCAUUUGGCACCGAAGGGUUUGAUCUCGGACGAGCUAAACGCCGGAGCCGAGACCGGGAUGAGGAGAGACGCAGAGAUCGCCAAAAGAAGGGCUUGGAAUAAAGACGUUUCAUAGUCCAAGUGGUCACACACAACUCAUGAGGGCAUUAUUAUUAGAUCUCUCUCUGCUCAUAGCAAGGG